UGCCAACAUUUCAGACAUACUGACGUGUCUAGUCACUGGUUAAGUGGAAAUGCACCAAGGAAACUGCAACUUUGAUUGGCUUUUGUAUUCUUUUUUUGGCUCUCUUUUCAUGUGUUGGGAAGAUUACAUAGCUGUAUUUUGUAGUUCUGUUUUCACAGCUCAGUCAUAAAUGUUGUAUAAAUGGGUGCUUAGUUCUUAGUUUUUCUUGCUUCAUUUGAACAUUAGCCCUAGUUUCAGGUCUUGUGAAAAUGGUGCUUAUGAUAUUUUUCAUACUCACCUUAAUAUCCCACGUUUCAGGCCAUGAUGCUUGCCCGAAAUGUGGCAGCAUUGAAGUUCCAUAUCCCCUUAGCACCAAUGAAAACUGUGGAGACCGCAGGUAUAAAGUGUUUUGCAACAAUGACAUUCUGCAGUUUCAUUCAGCUGAGGAUUUUUCCUAUAAUAUCAUCAGUAUUAAUCCCAGUGCUUAUAAGCUUGUUAUUAGCCCUCCUUCGAUAGCCAAAAACACUUGUUACUCUUCUGAUUUUUCUUUUGGAGGCUUUAGGCUCAACGAUGAUUCACCCUUUAAUAUAUCUACUCAUAACACAGUCAUGUUAUUUAACUGCUCUGAUAAUAUUCUUCUCUCACCAUUGAACUGCUCUUCGACUAGCUUCUGUAGGCAGUUUGAGGAGAAAGUUCAGGCAGGAAGCGGGUGUGCAGGUACUCUUUGCUGCCAUUUCUUGAAAGAUUCAGCCAUGACUUCUCAUAGGAUUAGGGUCAGGGAUGGAGGUUGCACUGCUUAUACUUGUGUAGUUGAUUUGAACCCUGGAGAUACCACUGAUUCCUGGAACUACGGCAUUGAGCUGCAAUGGUUGCCUCCCAACUAAGCUGCAGUUCUAAAGACAAGACCAUUCAGUGUUACGUCUUGUGUAAAGCAGCUGUUUCUUUUCAUUUGCAAAAAGGGUAUCUUUAUCUUUAACUGGAAAAGUCUUCGCUUCACCUGUUUGUUUGUUUACUAAAAAUCUCAGUUGCGCAUCUGCUUACUUUUUUUUUCCUCCAUAUAAAGUGAAUACAUGUCGAAUGAAUACGUAUUAAAUAGAAAACAGAUGACAUGAUACCCCCGUCUCACUCUAGACUUUCUCGUUAUAUAUAGAAUCGUGAACCUUUUGACAAAUAGAGACAACCUUUUUCCACAACGACGUUGUACGUCAUGACUGGUCAUGAGCAUCCGAAUGCCAGUGGACGGGGAAGAGGCAUCAAAUUUCUAUAUUUUUGUUCUAUUUACAUAUUAUGUUUGUGUUUACAUGCUUGUCCAGCACUAAGGGUUUGUAUGUUAAAAGUUUCUUGUUUUGUUAAAUGAAUGAUCUUCCUCAUGUUCCCUUUUCAUGUU